AUGGCGGCUCUCAAUCAAACCAGCUUACAGCCUGCCUCCUUCCUUCUGCUGGGCAUGGCAGGCCUGGAGGACCUGCACACCUGGCUCUCCAUCCCAUUCUGCCUGAUGUACAUCGCGGCGCUCCUUGGCAACUUCAUCCUCUUAUUUGUCAUUGUGACAGAGCGAAGCCUCCACGAGCCUAUUUACCUCUUCCUGGCCAUGUUAGCCAUGGCAGAUCUCGUAUUAUCCUCCUCCACAGUGCCCAAAGCCCUGAGCGUAUUCUGGUCCCUUUCCAAGGAGAUUUCUUUCCAUGCCUGCCUUACCCAGAUGUUCUUCACACACCUGAGCUUCAUUGCAGAGUCAACCAUUCUGCUGGCCAUGGCAUUUGACCGGUACGUGGCCAUCUGCAACCCCCUGCGAUAUGCCACAGUGUUCACGCACUCAGUGAUAGCCAGGAUAGGGCUGGCUGCAAUAGCCAGGAGCUUUUGUGUGAUGUUCCCAACAAUAUUCCUCCUUCAGAGGCUGCCAUACUGCAGACACAGCAUCAUGCCGCACACCUACUGCGAGCACAUGGGCAUCGCACGGCUGGCCUGUGCCGACAUAUCUGUUAACAUCUGGUACGGCCUUGCCACCACCCUUCUGUCCCCAGGUGUGGACGUUGUGCUCAUUGGGGUAUCGUACGUCCUCAUCCUCCGGGCUGUCUUCAGGCUCUCAUCCAAGGAUGCCCAGCUCAAGGCAGUUGGCACCUGCAGCUCUCAUGCCUGCGUUAUAUUAAUUUUCUACACACCAGCAUUUUUCUCAUUUUUCACUCAUCGGUUUGGCCGCAACAUCCCCCACCAUGUUCACAUCCUGUUGGCCAAUCUCUAUGUGCUCUUGCCACCUAUGCUAAACCCCAUCGUCUACACUAUGAAAAACAAACACAUUCGAGAAAAGGUGUCCCAAGUACUCUUCAGGACUGGGCAAGUGCGGUGA